AUGAGUAAAAGAAAGCUGAAGGAGCUGUUUGGGCACACCCCAUCAUAUGUGGUAUUGUGGUUGCAGGGUAGUGUUUGGGAUUCUGGUGGCUUAUAUUUGUUGUCAAUGUUCUUUUGGCGUGGAACUCAGCUACUCCGGCAUCCGCCGCUGUUUGCUGCUUCUUCCUACAUCCGACUGUUGACUGUCUUCUCCUUUUCGUCCAUUGAAAUAUUCGAGUAA